ACGUUAAGGGCAUUGGGACGAAAAUGGAAUCGUGGCGCAAAUCGGAGGGCCGAAGGGCGCGGACUGACGUCCUGUGUUCUCUCUUUCCCCGCCAGGGUCCGGACGACGAGGAAGGGGAUGAGAGCAGGCCCACGGCCAGCGGGACCUGCCUGUCGGUGGUAGGCCUCAUCCUGGCGACCGUGGGUUGGCUGGCCUCAGUGGCCUGUUGCUCGCUGCCGCUGUGGAAGCGGACCGAGUUCAGUGGGCAGACUCUGAUGGUGCGGCAGACCAUGGUGGAGGGCCUGUGGGUCAGCUGCAUCCUGCCGGGCGUGGGCAAGGCCAACUGCCGCACCUACGGCGGCUCGGGCAAGGACGUGCCCCUCGAUGUCUACGUAGGCCGCAUCCUGACCCUCGCGGCCGUGGCUAUGGCCUUCCUGGGCCUGCUGGUCAACUGGGCCGGCAGCCGGUGCUGCAGCCUGGUGGGCAACCAGGAGACCAAGUCCCGGCUACUGACAGCCUCGGGCCUAGCCUUCCUGGUGGCCGGCGCCGCCCAGCUGCUGGCCGUCACCUGGCCGGCCUACGUGCUGGCCACGGAGUUCCACCACCCGCUGGUCCACGAGGUGCUGGCCAUCUCCAUCGGGCCCUGCAUCCACCUGGGCUGGGGGGCCGGCGCCCUCCUGCUGGCCGGCGGUGCCCUCCUGGCCUCGCCCUGUUGCCGCCGGCAACGCCGAGGCCGGCGUCGACGCUCCCGCUCCCGCGACUACGCCAGCCCCUAUUCCCCCGGGGGCCGGGAGCAGGGGACCGGCGUCCGCAACUUCGUGUGAGGUGAGGGCGUCAAAAUGGCCGAUGGCAAGACCCCGCCCUCCCCCCAGAGCCUUUAUUGACAUUCGACGUCGGCCAUUUUGUCCCUUUUCCCCGCCUUGCCAUUUCCCUUCCUCCCCUCUCGAAUAAUGGGCCUCAAAAUGGCCGACGGCAAUGCCCCCCCCUCCCGCCUCCACUGAGCCUUUAUUGAUGUUUGAUGUUGGCCAUUUUGUCUUCUUUCCCGCUCACUCCAUGCCUCUCCGUUCUCUUCCUCCCCCCUUGAAAAACGGGCCUCAAAAUGGCCGACGGCAAGGCCCCACCCCUCCCCCAAGCCUUUAUUGAUGUUCGACGUUGAUGUCCACCAUUUUGUUCCUUUUCCCCGCUCUCUCCCCGCCUCCCCCGUUCCUUUCCUCCAGUCUCGAAAAACGGGGCCCCCAAGCCUCGUUGACGUCUUCCGUCGACGUCGCCAACCGCCAUUUCAUCGGAGACCAGCCCCCUGACCACCUCUGGCCCGGAAACGCCCCUCCUCGCCUCCCAGUUCCCUUCUUCCCCUCUCGUGAAACGGGCAUCAAAAUGGCCGACAAGGCCUCGGGCCUUCAUUGACGUCCUUCAUCGACGACGCCGACCACUAUUUCGUCUGAGGUCGACCCCUCCCGACCCUGGAAGCCUCAAACCCCACCCCCCUCCUCCCCCUCCCCUCUCCGGCAGGGGGGGGGGUGCGGGGGACGGUGUCGGAUCAAAAGGUUGUGUUGAAGGUUAAUAGGGAGACGGGGCUUCUUGCGUUGUCUAUAUCUGACGGCUGUAAUGGUCAAGCAACCACACUUCCAUUAAUAAAGCGUUUGAGGCUGAA